AUGGAUGUCAAACAUCUAUUACCACUCGUAACUGUGCACCCUUUUGCGUCGAUUACAGCUUUCUUGACUGUUCUUAUCGGCCUCUACACCUUCUACUAUCGCAAUAUUCAUCCAUUGUCGAGAUUCCCUGGCCCUUUUCUUGCGUCACUGACAAACUUCUGGAGACUUCGGGAACUAUGGAGCUUGCACCUACCCGACACUCUCGUCGCGUUGCACGAGAAGUACGGUGAUGUAGUCCGCGUUGGCCCUAAUAUGCUUUCGUUCAGACAAGGGAGUGCCACCAAGUUCUAUGACGGGUUCACUUCAUUCAAUCCCAACUUGUUUGGAACUCAAGAUGAAGAGGUUCACUCGACGCGGCGGCGGCAAAUGGCCCACGCAUUUUCUUUACAGUCGAUCAAGGAAAUGGAGCAGUAUAUUGACGGCCACAUGCUUCAAUUCCGCAAAAACCUCGACGAAUACUCCAAGACGCGGCAAGUCUUCGAUCUCAAGGAAUUAAUAGCCUUCUUUGUCCUCGAUGUCCUAGGAGAUCUUGCCUUUCGAUGUCAAUUUGACUCGCAGAUUGAAAAGGAUAUUUCGAAGCUGCCUCCCAUCAACGAUCACAUCUUUCUGGCUUGCUUAAUGGGCAUGGUUCCCGACUUUAUGCCGUUCAUCAAAACUAUCUUUCCCUGGAUCCCGAUCCCGUGGCUGCAAGGACUUCUUGCGGCAAGACAAAACCUCAAGAACCUUACUGCCGAGUGCGUCAGAAGCCGGAUAACCGACACUAGCGCUGCUCGAAAAGAUCUCAUCACUAGUCUGAUCAACUCUGUGGACCCAGAGACGGGCUCUAAGCUCACAGAGCUAGACAUACAAACUGAGGCAUUCGCGUUCAUUGUUGCUGGUUCUCAUACGACGUCUGGAACCCUUACUCUCCUCUUUUCUCAUAUUCUCCAAAACCCGGCUGUGCAUGAAAAAGUAGUUGAAGAAGUAGACGCAGUUGUUGAGAACGUUGGCUCAGCCAUCGUACCGAUCAAGGACCUGGAAACAAGGCUCCCCUAUGUCAUGGCAUGUUUAGAUGAGAAUUUCCGGAUGAACUCUGUUUUCACCAUGCCAUUGGAGCGAAAGGUGACUGCCACAGGAGGGUUCGAAAUCGAGGGUCAUGUAGUUCCUAAAGGCACCGGCGUUUUCAGUUUGAACCACGUCGUCCAUCAUAACCCCGCUAUUUGGGGAAAGGAUCACAAUGUGUUUGACCCUUCUAGAUUUUAUGAUCAAGAGGGCGAGAAGCUCCAGCGCUUCCUGAGCCCUUUUAGCAUGGGUCAUCGCAUGUGUAUUGGACGAAAUAUGGCCAUGACCAACAUGCUGAAGCUUGUUGCAACUACGUUUAAAUGUUAUGAACUUGAGAUGAUGAUGGAACCGGAGCAUGCUAUUUCUACUAUUAGCGUUGGAAUUUCGGAGAAAGAAGGUCCAUUGAUGUGUCGUGUUCGUAGAAGAUAG